UCAAAACGAACGCCACCGCCAAACCCUAACCCGCCGCGACGGCUCCUCUUCCUCCGCUCCCUCCCUCCCUCCCGCCCGCCGCCUCUCCUCCAAACUCCGACGCCUCCUUCGCACCUCCGCGGCGCUUGACGCCGUAUCCAGGAUUACCCGAGUAGAUAGAUAAAAGUGAAGUGGUUUCGGCGCGAUGGGGAUGAGGGAGAAGAAGCGGAACCAGAGGCGCGUGCUCGCGCGGCGCACUGCGGCACCACGCCCCGGGGAGGGCAAGGACUUCCUGCCGCUUGAAGGAGGGCCGGGGAAGAGGAUCCGGAAGGAGCAGCCCGAGGAGCCGGAGAACACCGCUACCGUCCUCUACAUCGGGCACAUCCCCCACGGCUUCUACGAGGAACAGAUGCAAGGAUUCUUUCAGCAGUUUGGGACUGUUAAGAGGCUUAGGAUUGCCCGGAACCGCAAGACAGGAAAGUCCAAGCAUUAUGCAUUCAUCGAGUUUGAGAACCCUGAUGUGGCGAAAGUUGUGGCUGAUGAGAUAAACAACUACCUCUUGUUUGAGCACACUUUGCAGAUUGCACUUGUUCCUCCGGAGAAAGUUCAUCCAAAAUUAUGGAAAGGGGUGCGACGUGGAUUUAUUCCAAUCGAUCGGGUAGCAAUUGAACGGAAGAGACACAACAAGGAUAAAACUAUAGAGGAGCACAGAAAGAUGGUUGAAGGAAUUGUAAAACGAGAUGAGAAGCGUCGCAAAAGAAUCAAGGCUGCUGGUAUUGAUUAUGAGUGUCCAGCCCUUGUCGGGUGCAUUCAGCCUUCUGCCAAGAAGAUCAAGUUUGAUGAGGAUUAGUGUUUUUUUUUAAAUAUGAGAGGCAGGUGGAUCCUCUGCAGUGGGAGUGACCAGACGGUUGAGUUGGAUGACUAUCUUAUUUUAGCGCUAAGGGGAUGGCAAUUGGCACCUUCGGUUUUGCUGCGUCUUUAAUCAGUGUUACUCCGAUGUUGCAAGUAUGAAAGUGGAAUGAUACCAACGCUUAUUUUCCAUGUAUCCUACCCAAUUUGCCCCUGAAGGGUGUUGUAAGUUUCACAGAAUUGCUGUGUUCCUACCGGAAGAAUCAGUAUCUUUGGUUUUGGGAUUCAAAACCCUAGUAUUUAGUGUUAAGUGUGAACUAAAUCAUAAAUUUCCUAGAGCAA